AUGGCAACCAGCAGCAUACAGACAUCGCCCGCUUCUAAGAUGAACUCUACUCCCGGAGCCUUCCCCUCAACCCCAGCGUCCGCAGAAGCCCCAUCGCCCUCCGUCGUAUCCUCCCAGCUCAGCCUAUCACAAGCCGUUCACCAACGAAGGGCAGAAUAUACAAGGUCACGAAGAAUCAAGGUCAAGGUCGGCACUUGGAAUGUUGCUUCUCUCAGUGGGACAGAGAAAGACGUUGGAGGGUGGUUCGUAGAUGGUAAAGGUGUCUCGGAAUCUCUGUCAGGCUUGGACAUAAAGGACGAUGGCGAACCACGAAGCAAUGGUCACAAUGGAUCUCCAGACAUCGAGAGCGUUGCGUCACAGGAGGAGAGACGGUCGAAAAAGAGAUCCACUAUACCAAAAAACGAUCCAGGCUUCGUACCAGGAGGUGACGAAAUUGGUCUAUACGUCUUAGGUCUACAGGAAAUCGUCGACAUAAGCUCAGUGGCCGAAGCAUUACGCCCCUACAGUGAUCCUCAUCCUGGCAGAAAAUGGAAGCAGGCUGUUGCAGAAUCGUUGCCGCAUGGUUAUCAGCGAGUAGCGGAACAGCAAUUGAUUGGCUUGUUUCUCGUCAUCUAUGCCUCCUCUGAGAUUGCACCAACAAUAUCCUCUGUCAGUACCACGAGCGUUGGAACUGGUCUUGGGGGUUACAUGGGCAAUAAGGGCGCUGUGACAGCUCGUAUUGUGCUUGGCGAGACUACGCGCAUGGUCUUUGUCAACUGCCAUUUGACCGCCGGUGUCGAGAAGGGCAACCUGGAACGAAGAAAUUGGGACGCGUCUCAGAUUCUUCAGCGGACCAAAUUUGAUCCUGUCUAUGACGGUGGAGGUGUCAUGGAGGAAUUUGGUGAAGGCAUCGGAGACGAGGACUUCGCUUUUUGGUUCGGCGAUCUCAAUUACAGACUCGAGAGCAUGCCUGGAGAAGACGUUCGAAGACUGCUUAUGCUCCAUACAAGAAAUGAGUAUGGAGCACAUGGAGCACAGCAGCCGUCAUCCAAGAAAAUUGAGAAUGAGCUUGCAAAGCCGGAAUCGCUGUCGUUCUCGCGCAACCAGGAAGCUGCUAAUCGUCCGUCUGAAAAUGAUACCUCAUCUACUCACAUUUCUAUUGAGAAUGCUUCCGAUCCAUCAGUAGCUUCAUCCAUUACUGUAUUGCCGAGCCAGGAGUCACUCGAUCCUGCCUCUGACCCAGCAUCUCUCCAGACUACACUCUCUUCACUUCUCGCGCACGAUCAGCUACACUCGCAGAUGCGCUCACGGAAAGCUUUCCACGAUGGGUGGCGGGAAGGGAUCAUUGACUUUUUACCUACAUACAAAUAUGAUGUCGGAAGCGUUGGCAUGUUCGACUCGAGCGAAAAGCAACGAGGCCCGAGCUGGUGUGAUCGAAUUCUAUACCGCACCCGCAAAGACAGGCUGGAAUAUGACCAAAAGGUCCGAGACGAGGAGAUGGCCAGGAAAAAGGACAACGAGAUGAAGUUGCAAGGGGUUGUGGACGCAGUGACCGAUGAAUCCGUUCUGUUUGACUAUGAUCCAGAGACGGAUGGCGCAGACAAUGAAAAUAACGCAGUCAGCGAGCAAUCUCCAGAUCCCGAAUUCAUGACUACGAAAGCUGGUUUUGAGGACAAAUUGAGUCUCGAUUACUAUAAGUCUCAUCAACGAGUCCUCUCAUCAGACCACAAGCCAUUGGAUGCUGUCUUCACUUUAGACUACGAUGCCGUCGAUCUCGAAAUGAAGGCUAGGAUACACCAAGAAGUCGCCCGUGAGCUAGACAGGGCAGAGAAUGAAGGACGGCCUGUCGUCACAAUUGUGGUCGACCAUCAGAAGGACACUGACAGCACCCAUACCGAUUCCUCUUCACCAAAAUUCGAGGGCGUCGACUUUGGGCACGUUAAAUACGAUCAGGUCAAGACCAGAAGUGUCACUAUAGCAAAUACCGGUCGUGUCCCUGCAACUGUUGGUUUCGUGGAUCGCUCCAUCGAGUCGGGUCGACCCGGUGGUGUUGCCCCUCCAUGGCUAAAGAUUAAUUUCGACCGCCCUCCUGACAGUAAGAAUUCCAACCCGGGUGCAUUACAAGAGCACACCCUCCAGCCUGGUGAUGCCGUCAACGUCGAAUUAACCCUCCAUGUGGACGACCUAGACCUUGUCCGCCGUCUGGGCGAUAAAGUAGAAACGCUCGAAGACGUCCUCGUCCUCCGAAUUCAUAACGGCCGCGACUACUUCCUCCCCUUACGUGGCGAUUGGCUGCAAUCCGCCUUCGGACGCUCGAUCGAGAAGUUGGUGCGAAUACCAGAAGGAGGCGUGAGGAGGUGGCAGCACCAAAGACCAGAUGGCAGUAGCCACGGAGAUGAAGGGGUAAAGUGGUCGGCUCCGCGCGAAGUGUUCCGGCUGACGGAAGCAAUAGAAGACCUCGUUGAGAGAGCGCUUGCGCAGUGGGGGAUGACGGGAGAUGCCGACAACGCGCCGUGGGACAAAGACGUGGGUUGGCCAUUCAGAGGGUGGCUUAUGGAAGGAAAGCAGAGGGCGAUGCUGAAGGAAACAGUGAGGGAAGGUUUGGACUCUGAUCAGCCAUUUUCCGAGACCUUCCCACCGGAAAUCGAUUCAUUGCAAAGGCUUGAGGCGGUGGCGGAGACGUUGGUGCAGUUCCUCGAAAGCUUAGAAGAUGGCAUCGUCACCGAAGCGCUGUGGCUGGAGCUGGAGAAAGGCAUGCUGGAGCGUGAAAAGGCAAAGAAGACCCUCUCGGACGAAGAUGAACGGAUGUGGAUCCUGGAUACCUUGUCCACCGCACCCGCUCACAGCGUUUCUUUCACUUUCGUCACGUUCAUGCUCGCGCGCGUCGGCAACGAAGUCGCCCCUUGGAAUAUUCCACUAGAGUGUGGAAAAGCGGAAGGGGUUCCCGCUCAGGUUGCGCCUCGCAUCAAAAGACCUGAGGUGGAUGCCGCAUAUGCGGGAAUCUUUGCAGAUGCCAUGAUCCGCUUGCCUGCGGCUUCGAAGGGCAAGGAGAGGAAGGCCAGCGAGACGAGGAGGAAGCAUGUCGUUGAAGUGUUCCUUAAGGCGACGCUGGAUGUUGGGUCAUGA